GGCUGCGGUGGGAGGGAGCCUGUCUGGCUUGGGUCUCUGCCUCCUGCUCUUUCUGGUGGACUUUGCCGCUGGAUGGGAGGACGGCUGUACGUGGUGUUGGGCUGUGGCUGUUCUCAAGGGCGUCCGCGACCUUCAGCCGCUGUGCCGCCUUUCUGGCUCCGGCCCGUGGCGAGGCAGCAUCUGUGAAAGGCAGGCCGAGGGCAGAGAGCUCUUCUGAAAAGGAAAGCGUGUGUUGCGCUGUCUGGGCUCCGAGCCGCCCUCGAAAGUUUCCCAGUGACUCUUCUUCAGGGUUUUGCUUCGUCUUGUGUAAAUAAAAGAUAAGGGUGCCAGGGGCUUCAGCAUCUCUGCCAAGCUUGGGAGGUAGUGUGCGAACCAGCAACCAUGGCUGGCCAUGACUCAGGAUCUCAACACCAGUUCACUGGAUUUCAGAAGUACUUCAAUUCCUACACCAUCACAGGCAGAAGGAAUUAUGUAAUAGCAACGUAUACAGGCAUUGCAAUGCUUGUCUUGUAUUUCAAGCUCAGACCUAAAAAGAAGACUCCUGCUGUGGCAGAUAAGUAAAUGGUUUCUGGCAUGUCUGAAGCACCAAUCAUUGUAAAGGAAGCUGAUGUCCUGUGAUGGCUAAUAAAAUAUAAACAAUUACUUGCUUUAUUGAAAAUAUGACACGGUGCAAAGAAGCAGAAGUGGGGUACUUUUUCCUAUUUCAAAAAUAAUUUGUAGUGAAGA